AUGGCAGCUAAAAGUAAGACCAAGUCCAACGACUCUGCUUCGGUUAAAUCCAAGUCUACUUCUUCGAGAUCGAAAAAGGCUAUAAAUGCUAAAUCACAGGUAUCAAAUUCUGCAUCUAAUCUUGUAAAUACUAAAUUUAAUGAAUCCACGAAUUUUAAACAAAAACUCAAUUAUAUACCAAUAACGAAAUUCCCAAAAGUUCCUGAAAGCAUAUUGAAUCAGUCUGCUAAAGAUUUAUAUGAAAGUAUCGGCUUGACACCUCCAGAAGAAGAAGAGAUGAACAAAAAGAAAAACACCUUUGUUGAUUUUAACAUUCCUGAUGAUCAUUUAAAAUCAACCAUAAAGGCUAGGAUCACCGAGAAAGAUCGUGCCAUAAUUGAUGGCCUUGAUAAUAUGGUCAAGUCAAACGAUGAUCGUGAAAUCAGACAAUUACAUGCUAGUGUUGUUAAACUAUACUAUGAUGAAGAUACAAAUACUUAUCAACCAUUACCUGAACAUAGUUUGAAAAAAUCAUUAUCCGGUAUGAUUAAUCUCAAUCCGCAUUUGGAAGAUAUUGAUGAUGAGUACUUGUGGGACUUAUUUCCUCGUAAUAAGCCUUUUGGUAAUCCACCUUUUGAACAAAAAUGGAAUAUAAACUCUUUCAGAAAUUGGGAAAAUUCUCAAUUAGAAAAACUAAGAAAAGAACAAAGUAUCAAAGAAGAUCAUAAGAAAGAGUAUAGCGAUUUUCUUAACCAGUUACACGAUUCAAAAUCUUUAUUCAAAAAAACUGCCGCUCAUAUGAAUCAGCAAAAAGAAAGUAAUGCUUCGGUUAAUAGUAAAGGUCGUAGAAAAUUGGAUAGGAAAUUACUCAAACAGUAUAAAAAAUUGAAAGAAGAAGGAAAGAUUCCAAAAGAUGAUGAUGAUAAUGAUAAAUUUUAA